CACGGGCUCAUUUUAUUAGUGGUAUUAUGAUCUUUAGGACAUUAAUUAGUUACAGAUAAACAUAACAUUUAACAUAAAUAAUUUGCAAUUGUACAUUUAGGUUUUGUUAUCAAAAACAAUAAAGUGUUUUCUAGGCUAUUAUGAAUGUCAUCAAGACGAAUAAACCUGAAAGUGUUGUUUGUGAACAGCAAGCCAGAUUUGUGUUGGAUAGAGUUAUUGCUGUGGAGUCAAAUAUGGCUGAGUUAUGUUCUACAUUCUCAUUAUUCUCCAGGAAGGCUGCAAGGGUUCGAGAUGCUUCAGAUGAAAUAGCCAAGGCACUUGCCUGUUAUGCAGAAAGUGAAACUAUAAACACAACACUAAAAACAAGAAUGUCUGAAGUCGCCAAGACUUUUAAUCUUCUGGGUGAUUUCAGGGAGUUGGAGGUCCAAAGGUUGGACAAGAAGGUGGUGGAUGUGUUUGGACAGUACGAAGGCAUUUGUCACAGAUCCAAAGAGGAGUUGAAGGUGAUACUGAGUGCGAGAGACAAGGAGUUGAACCAUCAACGUCAGCUGGACAGGCUGAUACAGCGCAACCCACACAACAGGCAGCAGAUUUCUAAAGCUGAGACUGAAUUGAUCAAAGCCAGCAGUGAGGUGUCUCGUAACCAGAAGGCUCUUGAAGAACAAAUUGACCUUUUUGAGAAAAAGAAACUGAAAGAUUUGAAGAUGACAUUGCUAGAUUUUAUCAAGAUUGAAUUGGCCCUACAUGCCAAGGCGCUAGAGCUGUACACUCAAGCAUACAAUGAAAUGUCUCAGGUUGAUGAAGAUUUGGACCUGGAGGAGCUGAAGAAUGUUCUAACAAGUGACUCAGGUAGACUGGACACUGUCAAGCGUACUUCAUUCCGUCAUUCUUCUCUUCAGUCCAUCGCAAACCUCUUCUCCACUCCACAACGCUUCCAGAGACGUGAAUCUACAAGCAUCCCCACCACUUCAAAGAGCUCACUUGAUGACACGGCAGUUCAAGCAAAUGAACCGCAGGUGGAAAGCAGAAUUGUGAGUCUCCGAGAUGAGUCUGACGAAGAUGAACUCUCGUCACCAUUUUUGGCUGGUUCAUCACAAAACAUAGGCUUUGCCAAGUAAUAGAUUUAUCUUGUACUUUGCACCUAUUGCACCAAAGAUUAGUUUGUGUUAUGUAUUUGAGAAAGUUAUUUAUUACUUUUUUAGUCAAUUAAAACAGUUAAACACUCUGUCA